UAAGAGAACAAUAAUUCAAUUGACCAAUAGUUUAUUUCUAAACAAAAGAAGAAACAAAUUGAAGAACAUGAACAACAUGCUUAGCAACAGAAGCAAAAAAAAACUAAGUGUUUCAUCAAAACCUCUAGGCAAAGUGGAUUCCCCCCUGGCAAAAUACGACGCCUCAGGAAUCUUAACAUGCAUAAUAUGCCGGAUUGUUAUCAAGCCAAAUGUCUGGAAGGUGCAUGUUAACUCCAAACAACAUAAAUUAAAUGUGGACUUGGCAAAGAAAAAUAAGACGACUAUUUUAGAUGUAACUUCCAAAAAAGAAUCUGUGCAGUCACUUUCCAACAUAAAUUGUAGCACAUACCAAGAUAAGACUGUACGAAAAAGUGAAAAUUCGGACACCAGGGUAACUGAACCAUUACCUGGUACAUUUUUCGAUUCAGAGAAGUCAAGUAAGUCUCAUCAAGCUGAUCCCAACGAAGAUGAAGAGUGGAUACGCUUUCAACGAGAAAUAAAAAUGGCUGCUACAGUUUCUAGUACUAUUGUUGCUGAAGAACAAGAAAAUAUUAAUAUUAAAAGACAACUAAAGGAAAUAGAUGAACAGAUUGACAAUUGGAAACGAUUUAUUAAAAUAAAUGACCAGAAGAAUAGUCUAAUAAGUAGGAAGCGCAAAUUCAACAAAGAAGUGGCAGUACAUUCGGAUUCAAGUUCAAGUGACGAAGAAUGUCGUGUAGAUGACUUGUUCGACUGGAGAACUAAAAACAUGCAUUAAAAAUAAGAUGGACUUCUAUUUCGCAAAUGUAUAUCAAUUUAUAUAUAGAGACAUGUUCAA